UUUUUAUUCAUGCCGCUCAGUUGGGUUAUUCACGCUGUGCCUGGUCGAACACACGGCGAAAGGGAAAAGAAAACGCUUUAAAUUUAUUCACAAAAUGAGCUGCGGUACGCAAACGCUGAAAAUCUCCUCAUUCGUUUUAGAUUUUCUUUGCUGUGUUUUUGCCUCACUGUCCAUAGCUGCGUGCUCAUAUGCAUUGAUAGUGUUCACCCACAGUCAGGCAAUACGCAUACCCUGCAUAUUGGGCAUAGUGUUGGGUAUAUUGCUCUUCGGCAGCACCAUCUUCGGCUGCGUUGCGGCGCUACGUGAGAGCAUUCGGCUCAGCUGGAUUUAUGCUGCCAUUUUGCUGGCCUUGAUAUGCGCCCAAAUUACCGUUAUAUUCGCACAACCCAUCAACUUUGAGCUGCUGGCCAACGAGACCAUCUCCAAUGCCUGGCAGAAGCAGCUGUAUAACAAUGGUAGCAUCUCCUACUAUGAGAUCAAAUACCACUGCUGUGGCAAAUCGGGACCCCUGGACUAUGCUUCCAGCGGACUGCGAAUACCCGCCAGCUGCUAUUUGAACCAGAACUCGACCAUAGCACCGGAUUUAUAUACCGUGGGCUGUAACAAGCGUCUGGCCGCUGCCUAUAUCAUGGGCACCAAAUACGAGCGCAUCAGUGAUUGGACUGUUGUCGGUCUGGAGAUAUUGACUGUCAUGGUUGCUGGACUGUUUGCAAUCACAUUACAAAAUGCGGAGCGUAGACGUUUGUAUCGUUAGAUCAGAACUUUGGCUUUAAUUUUAAACAGUAUUUAAAGUUGUACAAAUAUUAAAUGUUGGUUUUCUUCGAUUUGAAA